CGAUGAGUCUUGAUGAAAGCAUGCAGGGCCUCAAACUUGCAUUACUGGACAAGAGUUAAGCAUCUGGAUUGCCAUUGAUUCUCACUGGACUAGGAUAACCCUGAGCAGAGAGAGCUUUUCCUGGAGCCUCCUCACAGUGAACUGAGCACCGUUGCAAUAACUUAAAUGCUGACAGAGUUGCCAGCGUCUCUGGAAAUUAAACACACCGUCAAAAUGCUGGCCAUAAUAAAGCAAUGGGAGGAGGCAUCUAGCUGUCAUACAGACAAUACUGAGAAGUAUCUGUUGCUUAUGCUUUUCAAGUUGGGAAUGGACGCAGUUGUCUUUUACAUAUGCUGCUGGAAGCUGUGUACCUCCUUUUUGAGCAUGUGCAGCCUGUCCAUCAUCCUGGCUGACAUGGCGAUGGCAUUUUGUAUGGCAGCUGUGUGGUUUCUCGGGGCUGAGAGGUCCCUUGUGUCACCCUGCUUCCUUUUGGCUCACACCUCAGCAAUAUUUGGAGCACUGCCACUGCCCAUGAUGUGCCUAGGUUCAUUUGACUACUGUAUAGAAGACACCUGCAGUGGCAACCAGAGCGCCUUGUGCAAAGGCCUCAGGAACGUGGUCUUGACAUUGCUGGUAUGGAUGCUGGCUGUUAUUUACUCCUUUGGUUUUGUGAAAGCUGAUCUGAUGAUACUGGAUUUUGCAACAGGGAUAAAGGUUGGGGUGUGUGAAGUAGAGGAGUCUCCAUUGGUUAACUACUUCAUUUUCGGGCUUUUCACCACAGUAAUUUUUACAAUGCUGCCCUUUUGGUCAAGCAUUCCCCGGUGGGUGAAAGAGGCUGACAGGUUAUGUGAAUUGAGGGACGCGCAAGAGAACCAGAGGAGCGACUUGCUCAUUUCAACCCCCACCACGGAGCAAAAAAGCAGUAAGGAGGAUUAUCUGGAGGAGACCAUCCAGUCACGACCGCCUCUUUGGUUCAGCCUAAUUCUAGGCUUUACUAUGUUUUGGAUUCCUUAUCUCGCAUUGUCUGCAGCUUGUCUGGUCUUAGUCAAUUCAGUACCUGCCUACAUCAGCGUUAACCUUCUGUGGUUGGAGUGCACCAACACUUUACUGGGGGGUGUGGUGUUCUGGGUGAACAGCAAGUCGGUAGGGCCAUACAGCCGUCUACCAGGAAAUGUGUGUUUAUGGAAUGUUUACUGGCAUUUGAGCAAAGGAACAUGGCAGCAGCAGCUCCCCAUAGCUGUAUUUAACCCAUCAAAAGAGAAAAGAAACACUCUUCACUAUGUGUAAUAUAAAAAAGCUCAACAAUAAUCCCUUUACGUCACAGACAUGGGAGCCUAAAGCAAAAGUGAAAACCAUGAUACGGGGAAGUGAAUUAAGACUACAUGAGAAUGAGCAUGCCUGUUCGAAUAGUCCACCUAUGUUAACACCGCGACAGUCAAAACGCUUGGACACAGAAAUGCUGCAUCUCUUCAUCUCUCCAUCAGCACACGCAUAAGUUCUCUGGAGCAAAGAAUUAAACAGGAAAAUGUUGAAGCUGACAAAGAGACUGCAACUAGACUUCUAAAUGUAAGUCUUUGAGGAGUUGAGCAGCAAAGUAUUGCGAAAAUGCUGCGGCCAUUAUGCUAAGCUUUCGUAAAUAUUUACCAUCAAUUUUAUUAUUUUGUAGAUUCAUUUGUAUAUGUUUGUCAUAAAGUCCUACCUUAAGAUAAUUCUACAAUUUAGGGAAAUGUUAUGAUGACUAAAGAUUUAUAUUUAACCCCAUCUGAGAAGCCCAAACAGGUGUGGCUAUCUAAA